GUAGCGGCCCGAGCCCCGCAGUCGUCGCCGGCGUCUCCUGGACUCGAUACUACGCCGCCGAUCCCUCCUUUUUCUGACUGAAAUCCUCUCCCCGCUCGAGGCUCCGCUGGUAACCAUGGGUUGCGAUGACGAAGUGCUCAAGAUCAAGAAGAAGCUCGAUAAGAUGACCACGAGCGGCAGUGACCAGACACAGGCACUGGAUUUGUUGAAAGUGUUGCAGACCCUUCCAAUCAACUUCCAGGUGCUAUCUAAAACUCGCAUUGGCAUGACCGUCAACGCCCUACGAAGAGCGUCCUCAGAUGAUGAUGUAAUUUCAACAGCUAAACAGCUCAUCAAGAACUGGAAAAAAUUUGUUCCUGGGGAGUGGGAGUUCCAAGCCUACCUCGUUUCCUCCUUCAGCUCCACCUACCACUGACGCCCUGCGGCUGAAGUGCCGAGAGAUGUUAACAAAUGCUCUGAAAUGUUCAGAAUUACCAGAUGGCAUUGUUGACACCCCAGAGAGUCUUGGAGAACAGAUUGAGGAAGCCAUUUAUCAAGAGUACCGUAAUACUGAUGCUGCUUAUAAAAACCGCCUACGAUCUCGGGUGUAUAACCUGAAGGACAGUAAGAACCCACAGCUGCGAGAAAAUGUCCUUAGAGGUGUUAUUUCUCCCAAGAGAUUGGCCACCAUGUCAUCUGACGAAAUGGCGAGCGAUGAGAUGAAAGCACUUCGAGAGAAAUUCACUAAGGAGGCCAUUGACGAUCACCAGCUGGCAGUGGCCCAAGGCACCAAGACGGACCUGCUGAAAUGUGGCAAGUGUGGCCAGAGGGAUUGCACCUACAAUCAGAUGCAAACAAGAAGUUCUGAUGAACCGAUGACGACAUUUGUUUUGUGCAAUCACUGUGGCAACCGCUGGAAGUUCUGCUAAAACAACUGGAGGAAUCCUUUGUGGGCCAAAAUACUAUUUUUUCUAGUUUUAUUUUGGAGGUAUUAACGAUUGACUCAUCCACGAAAGUUAGUUGGUAAAGUUGGUAUUAAACCUUCACUAU